AUGAUAACGAAAUAUACAAAAAUUUUGAAUAGUUUACAACGUAUUUAUUUAUCAUCCAGCUCUCCUAGUCAUUCUAUAGAGUCAAUAUCUCAAUUACAAGCUUACGCCAGAUCACUUGGUUCUGAUGACGCUGUCAAUCAGAAAACAAGCGAAUACGAGCAGAAUUUGAGAAACGCAACAGCUGAAGAGGUAGUAGAACCGUCAACUAGUGCAAAUACUGUUGAUGUUGAACCUAUAAAUCUUGUAGAGAAGACAGACGAAGUUACACCUCCAAUAGAAGAACUAGAUAAGGGAGCUAUAUAUCAACCUAUAGAACCAAUCCAUAUACCUGAUUCACAGUCAUCACAAUCAUCACAACUAAUACAUACGCCCAGGUACACCAAAGUACCUUCCUCACGUAUAGGCAGACUGUUUCACUACGGUGGUUUGGCUGCAGGAUUGACAUACGGUACCGCGACUGAGUAUCUUAAAGGUAACGAUCGACAAGGACAGUCAUUGUUCCUGUCGGAGGGGAAUGUCGACAGGUUGGUUAACAAAUUGAGCACAAUGAGGGGUGCGGCACUCAAGCUUGGUCAGUUUUUAUCUAUACAAGAUAGUCAUCUUCUUCCACCUCAGAUUGAAACCGCAUUGUCGCGUUUGCAAAAUAGAGCAGAUUACAUGCCAAAUUGGCAGCUCGAAGCUGUCCUUUCGAAAGAGUUCGGUCCAAAUUGGAUGGACAACUUUGAAGAAUUCAACAAAGUACCUAUAGCAGCGGCUAGCAUCGGACAAGUACAUAGUGCGACCCUUAGUGCAAAUCAUCCUAAACAUCCAUUGAUGAAAGUUGCACUCAAAAUUCAAUUCCCGGGAGUGAAGGAAAGUAUUAAUUCUGAUCUCAACAACUUGAAGAUUCUCGUAAGCGCUAGUGGCAUUCUCCCACGUGGUCUCUACUUGGAUUCUACUAUCAAGGUUAUGAGAGCCGAGCUCGCGGAUGAGUGUGAUUACCUCCGUGAAGCUGAAUGUGGAGAACAAUUCGCACUUAACCUUGAGAACGAUCCUGAGUUUAAGUGUCCAGUGGUUGUUAAAGAUCUGUGUACUAGUAACAUACUUACAACAGAAUUUAUGUCUGGUGAGCCACUCAGUCGGGCCUAUGAGUACGAUCAAUCUACAAAGGAUAAGAUCGGUUCAGCAGUUAUGAGACUCUGUAUCAGGGAGAUAUUCGAGUUUAAGCUCAUGCAAACUGAUCCAAAUUGGAGUAAUUUCUUAUGGGAUAAGGAAUCGGGCAAGGUUGGUAUAAACCUUAUUGAUUUCGGAGCAUCAAGACCAUACACUGAGGACUUCGUGGAUGCAUUCGGAAGGCUCUUAUUAUCAGCUGGAAAUGGUGACAGAGAGGAGUGUGUUAAUUCAUCCCUCAGAUUGAGAUACCUUACUGGCGAGGAGAAUGAUAUAAUGAUCAAUGCACACAUCGCAUCAAUGUUGGCACUUGGCGAACCAUUUAGACAACCAACAGCAUACUCGUUCAAGAAUCAGACUAUUACUGAUAGAGUGAAAGAACAAAUACCAACUAUGCUUAAACAUAGGUUGACACCACCACCUAAAGAGACAUACAGUUUGAAUAGGAAACUCUCAGGUGCAUUCUUGUUAUGUUCACGAUUGGGAUCUACUGUUAGCUGUAGAGAUAUAUGGGAGGAAGUUACAAAAGGAAGAUACGAUAAAUAGAUAAAUUUGUAGUCAUUUUAUUGAUAAGUUAUAUGUUUCUG